UUCUAUCUCCUAUCUACUCGUCUUAGACGAUAUAACCACACGAGACAGUUAAUCCUGCUUAUACACACAGACUUCUAUCUUCUGCCAAUCUUUUUUUUUAUCCAUCCUUAUAUCUCCUCCUCUUGCCAGACUUGACUCCUCCAAAACCUACCCCACCAUGGGUGAAUCGAGACAGGAACUGUUAGCAUGGCUCAACAACCUGCUGCAGUUGAAUAUGACCAAGAUUGAGCAGUGCGGAACCGGAGCUGCGCUAUGUCAGAUUUUCGACUCUAUUUUCAUGGACGUGCCCAUGUCUCGAGUAAAAUUCAAUGUUAACACGGAAUACGCCUACCUUCAAAAUUUCAAGAUCCUGCAGAAUGUUUUCGCACGUCACCAGAUCGACAAGCCAAUCCCCGUCGAGUCUCUCUCCAAAUGCCGGAUGCAGGAUAACCUGGAGUUCCUCCAGUGGACGAAGAAGUACUGGGACCAACAUUAUCCGGGAGGAGACUAUGAUGCGCUCGCCCGCCGGAAGGCCUCCGGGGCCCCUCCCGGCUCUGCGGGCACUUCGCGUGCAGGCGCAACCUCCGCUAGCAGCGCCCGGCGUGGAACCACUCCCACCGUUGGACGCGCGCGCCCUGCUGCCGGAGGAGCCAGCUCUGCCACUGUCGCUGCACUGCAGGCGGAACUCAACUCAACCAAGGAGGCGAUCAGUGGAUUGGAGAAGGAGCGCGACUUUUACUUUGCCAAGCUUCGGGACAUCGAGUUGCUGCUCCAGAAUGCGAUCGAGGCGGACCCGGAGCUGGAGAAGGAUGACGAUUCACUGGUGAAGCACAUUCAGGGCAUUCUUUACUCUACAGAGGAAGGAUUUGAGAUCCCUGCCGAGGGUGAAGUCGCAGGUGAUGAGCUGGAGACGUUUUAAGGCACCCGGCCUAUUAAUACCCUUCAUCAUAACAGCGUUGAAACAAUUCCUCUACACAUUCCUGGCGAGUUUUUUUUUUAGUCUGUUUAUUUUUGGUCAUGGGCCACGGGGUAUGGUCUAGAGGUGCACGUUUAGUAUUCGCCAUAUUGAUGGCGUGUAUAAUUGGAUGACUGAGGCUCUCCUCGCCCAUCAGAUAUCAUCUCGGAUAAGGCUGAACUGAAGCAUUCCUAUGCCGCAUUCCUCGCGCGGAUCUACCCU